UCUGAACUUCUCAAUGGUUUUAAAGACAUUUCAGUGUUUAAGCCACUUCAAAUCUGGGGUGUUUUGAUCUCACUUCAAACCCAUGUUCAACCCAGAGGGAGAAUGCAAUGGGUCCCCGGGGGCUUUCCGCCAUAUUCCUUUCUGCUAGCCUCCAUCCCUAGAGACCCUACACCGUGUAUAAGAAGAUACUUAAGCCACCACGCCCGAUUCCCUUGCUUUGCCUCUUCAAGCCCAUCAUCCACGGUCUUCGACCAUCCUUGGUGCCCCCUGACCCAAUGGAGACCCAGCUGGAGAAAGCUUUGGCCACCCUGGUGUGCACCUUUCACAAAUAUUCCGGCCGAGAAGGUGACAAAUUGACCCUGAGCAGGCAAGAAUUGAAGGAGCUGGUCCAGGAGGAGUUGGCUUUGGGAGAGAAAAUGAAGAAUCGUGGGAUCGACAAGCUGAUGGAAAGCCUGGAUAAGAAUCACGACGACGAGAUCGAUUUUAAGGAAUAUACCAAUUUCCUGACGGCCCUCUGCAUGUCCUACAAUGAAUUCUUCCAAAAGGACGCAAAGUGAGGAGCGUCCUUCAAUGAGGGGAGGGAGGGGAGAGAAGGAAAGGAAAAAAAAAACCCUCUCAGCAUCUCUGAGUAAUAUUAUUCUCGAUAUCU